AUGUCGAUUCUUCCCGCAGAGACGCACAGCGCACUGAGCCAGCUGCUGCAAGGUCUCCAAGCGGCCGACAACAACAUCAGAAGCCAGGCCGAGGAACGUCUGUCGACAGAAUGGGCCCAGUCCAAGCCCGACGUGCUGCUCAUGGGCCUCGUUGAGCAAAUUCAGAUGGCCGACUCUCCCACUGCCCAAUCAUUCGCCGCUGUCCUGUUCCGUCGCAUGUCAUCGCGCACCUCCAAGGACUCUGCUGGCCAGUCGCGCGAGCUGUUCCUCACUCUGCAAAAGCCUCAACGAGAUGCCAUCCGUACCCUUCUGCUACAAGGCAUGGCCGCACCCACAGUUGUCGCACAUCCUUCACUUCGCAACAAGGUCGGUGAUGCUGUCGCCGAGAUCGCCAGACAAUACACGGAUGAAGACGUCUUCAACGACGAUAGCUCCAGAGACACAUGGGCCGAUCUCCUGGCCGCUUUGUUCCAGGCCAGCCAAUCGCCUGAUGCUGGUCAGCGUGAGACAGCUUUCAGAAUCUUUGCCACUACUCCUGGAAUCAUCGAGAAGCAACAUGAGGAGGUUGUCUUGAGCUCCUUCACCAAAGGCUUCAAAGACGACGAUGUCGCUGUUCGACUGGCCGCCAUGGACGCCUUUGCAUCUUUCUUCCACUCAAUCAACAAGAAGUCCCAAGUCAAGUACUACCCCUUGAUUUCUGACAUCCUCAACAUCCUCCCUCCGCUCAAAGACGUGUCAAACUCGGACGACCUUACCAAGGCCUUGGUUGCCAUGAUCGAUCUUGCCGAAGCCGCCCCCAAGAUGUUCAAGCCUCUGUUCAACGAACUCGUCAAGUUCAGUAUCACCGUCAUCCAGGACAAGGACCUUGACGACAAGACCAGACAGAACGCUUUGGAACUCAUGGCCACCUUCGCCGAUUACAGCCCCCAGAUGUGCCGCAAAGACCCCAAUUACACCCCUGAUAUGGUCACUCAGUGCCUGUCCCUCAUGACAGAUGUUGGCGCUGAUGACGACGACGCCGAAGACUGGUGCACCACAGAAGAUCUCGACUUGGACGAGGCUGACAUGAAUCACGUUGCUGGUGAGCAGACUAUGGAUCGCCUCGCAAACAAGUUGGGUGGUCAGGCCAUCCUUCCUCCUACCUUCCAAUGGCUGCCCCGCAUGAUCGAGUCGGGUGCUUGGAGAGACCGCCACGCUGCCCUUAUGGCCAUCUCGGCCAUUUCAGAGGGUUGUCAAGAACUCAUGGAGAGCGAACUCCAGCAGGUUCUUGACCUUGUCCUUCCCAGACUCAACGACCCUCACCCUCGAGUCAGAUGGGCUGCUUGCAAUGCUCUGGGACAGAUGAGCACCGACUUCAAGGGCAUUAUGCAGACCAACUUCCACCAGAUCGUACUCCCUGCCCUAGUCGAGUCUCUGAAAUCUGACCAACCUCGUGUCGCAUCCCACGCUGCCGCCGCGCUUGUCAACUUCUGCGAAGAGGCCGAGCGUGAGAUCCUGACCCCCUACCUUGAUGGUCUUUUCACCAACCUCUUCAACCUCUUACGCAACACCAAGACCCGCUAUGUCCAGGAGCAAGCCUUGUCAACUAUCGCCACAGUUGCCGACUCUGCCGAAGCCGCGUUUGCCAAGUACUACAGCGAUCUGAUGCCUCUUCUGUUUAAUGUCUUGCAGACCGAUCAGUCCAAGGAGAACCGCUUGCUCAGAGCCAAGGCCAUGGAGUGUGCUACUCUGAUCGCACUCGCUGUUGGUAAGGAGCGCAUGGGCAACGACGCACUUCAACUUGUCCAGAUCCUUGGCAGCAUUCAACAAGGCAUUACAGAAUCAGAUGACCCUCAAGCUUCAUACCUGUUGCACUGCUGGGGCCGUAUGUGCCGUAUCUUGGGCGCAGACUUCCUUCCCUACUUGCCUGCUGUCAUGCCUCCGCUGUUGGAGCUGGCCAAGGCAAAGGCCGACAUUCAGCUUCUUGACGACGAAGACAACCUCGAGCAGGAGGAGGGAUGGGAGCUUGUUCCUCUCAAGGGCAAGUACAUUGGCAUCAAGACUAGCACUCUCGAUGACAAGCACAUGGCUAUUGAACUCAUUGUCGUCUAUGCCCAGCACUUGGCCGCAAGCUUCGAGAACUACGUCCUGGAUAUCAUGGAGAACAUUGCCAUUCCUGGUCUUGCCUUCUUCUUCCACGACCCUGUUCGCCAGGCCGCUGCAAAGUGUGUCCCUCAACUCCUCAACUGCUACAAGCUCGCCCACGGCCUCCAAUCACCACAAUUCCGCCAGCUCUGGACAACGACCAUCGCCAAGGUGCUCGAGGUCCUCGAGACCGAGCCCGCUAUCGAGACUCUGGCCGAGAUGUACCAGUGUUUCUACGAAUCCGUCGAAGUCUGUGGCAACGGUUGCUUGAGCCCGGACCACAUGGCAGUCUUCAUCAACUCAGCCGAGGGCGUCCUCAAGGAUUACCAAACUCGUGUCAACGAACGACUUGAGGAAGCCAAUGAGCGCGAGGACGGCGAUGAGGUUAGCGAGGAGACUCUUUUCGCCAUCGAGGACGACCAAACCCUGCUCUCCGACAUGAACAAAGCCUUCCACACCAUCUUCAAGCACCACAGUACUACUUUCCUACCCUUCUGGCAAAAGCUUAUGCCCUACCUCGACCAGGCACUCGUGAACCAGGACCCCACACAAAGACAAUGGGCACUGUGCAUCAUGGACGAUGUUUUGGAGUUCUGCGGUCCCGAUUCGUGGGCGUUUGAGAGCCACAUUGUGCAGCCGCUGGUUGAUGGUAUGCAAGACGAUGUCCCUGCCAACAGACAAGCUGCAACAUACGGCGCUGGCGUUGCAGCACACAAGGGUGGUGCACCAUGGUCAGACUUUGCCAAUGCCAGUCUGCCGCUGUUGUUCCAAGCAACCCAAAGACCGGACGCCCGUACCGGUGACCACGUGUUUGCAACCGAGAACGCUUGUGCCAGUAUUGCCAAGAUCCUCCACUUCAACAGCAGCAAGGUCACCAACAGCCAGCAAGUUGUUGAGGCUUGGAUAGGAACGUUGCCUGUCGUCAACGAUGAAGAGGCCGCUCCCUAUGCCUACUCUUUCCUGGCACAGCUUAUCGACCAAACCGCACAACAGGUUGUGCAGUCGGCCAAGGCUCUCGUCACCAUGGCCAACUUGGACGCCAACCAGCUUCUGGCUGAGAUGUCGCCAGAGGUUCAGCACGCCGUUCGCGCCUUCUUUGGUUAA